UUUCAAUCAAAUUUUCAAUAGCGGUCGUGUUGUCAGCCGAUUUGCACCGCGGUAUUUUCAAGGUGAACCGUUCACAAAGUGUAGAAAAAUAAUAAUUUAAAUAAUAUCAUUGACCUACAUAUGAUCUAAAUUUUCUCUUAUAAAUUUACCUAACCUGCAGUGGCCCAAGGUUUCAAAGGAUAAAUAUAAGAAAAAUGGGUAAUUCCGACUCAAGGUCUUAUAGUCCUAAUCAACAAUGCACAUCUUCUAAAAAUGACCCUCAACGUGGAACAAUUUCUCGUACCGAGUCAAAAGUGGAGUAUGUAGAAGCAGUUGUUUGCAAAGUAAACGACAUUAACGAAAAUGAAAUGAAAGUAUUUGAAAUCGGCGAACACGGAAAAGUUUUACUCGUUAAACAGAAAGGAGAAUUCAGUGCGGUGGGACCGAAAUGCACUCAUUAUGGGGCACCAUUGAACACUGGGGCUUUGGGUGACGGUAGAGUGAGAUGCCCAUGGCAUGGAGCAUGUUUCAAUUUGAAGACUGGUGAUAUUGAAGAUUUUCCCGGUUUUGACUCGCUACCUUGUCACCAAGUCACUGUUACUGAUAAAGGAGAAGUCAAGGUAAGAGCUAAAAUAGCAGACUUGAAGUCCAACAAACGGGUGAAAGACACUCAUGCUGGAUCGCCAUGUGAUGAUACAUCUGUUGUUAUCAUCGGAGGCGGGCCCUCUGGUGCUACGUGUGCUGAAACACUUCGGAGUGAAGGAUACGCGGGCAGAAUCACCCUCGUAUCCAAAGAAAACUAUCUGCCUUACGACAGAGUUAAAGUGUCCAAAAUCGGCACUGCCACUGAUAUUGAAAAGCUACAAGCCAGAAACGAACAAUAUUAUAAAGAUGCAAAUAUCGAAAUCCUCAAAGGUAUCGAAGCAACGAAGGUUAACACGGACGAGAGAAUUGUAGAACUGAGCGAUGGAACCAAACGUAAAUAUAGUUCGCUCUAUUUGGCUACCGGUGCCAAACCUCGAGUUCCCGAUAUUCCUGGAAUUGAAUUAAACAACAUCUUCACGGUCAGGGACUAUGAUGAUUCCAUGAAUAUUCUGAAUAGUUUAGGUUCCAAUAAAGAUAAGGAUGUAGUGAUCUUAGGUCUGAGUUUUAUAGGUUUAGAAGUUGCCUCCUCGUGCGUCUCGAAGGUAAAGUCCAUGACCGUUGUCGGCAAAGACACAGCGCCACUCGGACAAAUAUUUGGGUCAGAAAUAGGUAAAAGUCUCCAAACCUUAUUUGAAUCAAACAAUGUUAAGUUUAAUUUUGAAACGACGAUUGUUAAAUGCAAUGGAGAGAAUGGAUCUAUAAAGUCUGUCGAGCUUGCAAAUGGUGUCGUGCUACCCGCAGAUAUAUUAGUAUUGGGUAUUGGAACUACAUUUUACACCAAUUUCCUUGAAAAUAGCGGUAUUUCUUUACUACCGAACGGUGCGGUUAAUGUUAAUAAUAUGUUGGAAACAAACAUUAAAAACGUAUAUGCUGGUGGUGACAUUGCACAUGCCCCAGUGUUCGUUAAAAACAAUGAACAGAUGGCGAUAGGACACAUUGGAUUGGCACAAUAUCAUGGUCAAGUCGCAGCCAAAAAUAUUUUGAAAAAGGAAACGCCUCUCAAAACGGUACCUUACUUCUGGACGAUGCUAUUCGGAAAGUCUAUUCGUUACGCGGGCUGUGGAAAGCCUGUAAGUUCUUUAGUGGAUGGCAAUGUUGAUGAAUUAAAAUUCGUUAUAUUUUUCUUUGAUGAAUCUGAUAAAGUUAUAUCUAUUGCGUCUUGUAUGCGCGACCCCGUAGUUUCGCAAUUCGCUGAGCUACUGUAUCAAGGUAAAAGUAUUUACAAGAAAGACCUUGAGAAUGACCGUUUUGCUUGGAUACAGAGCAUUCACUAAGUAUUAUUUAUAUAUUCAAUACAAACAUGUAUUUCAGUAUUAAGCGUGUUAAUAAUACGUAUUUUGUCUUCAUGUUACAAGAAAUUUAAAGAAUUUUAUGAAAAAUAGUUUAAUUUUCAAGUGUUAUAUAGUCAUUCACAUCUGUCGCAUUAAAUGCUUAACAAUUUAAACAAAAUAACUUUAGUCUGUGCAAAAGAUAUUUUAAGUAUUUAUUUUUAAGUGAACAAAUACCUGUGAUUUUAAUACAAUUUACAUAUACCAUGUUUCUAUAUAACACGAUGUUUAGUGUAAGAUGAGAAGUAAUAUGCCCAUGAAAAUAAGGAAAAUGAUUAUUAUAAUAAGUUAGGCCUGGCUUGAUAAGUAUACACGGUACAAAUAUAAAGCUUUUGAAAUAU